AUGGAAGAACUGCGGAUUCUUGUUACUACUGACAACCACCUAGGGUUUGCAGAAAGAGACCCUGUGCGGGGAGAAGACUCGUUCCGUGCAUUUGAAGAAGUAUUUACACAUGCCCGAGAGACACGGGCAGACUGCAUUCUUAUAUGCGGAGACCUGUUCCACGAUGUUAGUCCGUCUAAGUACACCAUAUACAGAACUAUGGAAAUACUUCAAAGGAAUAUCAUGGGGGAUCAUUCCAUAGAGAUAGAGUGCACAGACAACGGAAACUUUGUAAGCAUAGACAAAAGAAGGCGGGGUGUAAAUUAUUCAAGCCCAAACAUGAGAAUACAGAUGCCUAUAUUUGCUAUAAAUGGAAAUCAUGACGAGCCAUCUGGGCAUAAAGGGGUGACAGCUUUGGAUAUUUUUGCAGAGGCGGGGCUGGUAAAUUACUUCGGGGCAAUAGAUGGAAAAACAACGAACUCUGCAGUGCGCCCAAUUGUAUUAAAGAAGGGGCAAAUAGUGUUUAACUUGUAUGGCAUGGGGGGAAUAAGAGACGAAACAAUGGCAAAGCUUCUUUCAGAGGAAAGGAUUUCUCUGACUCCUGCUAAUAAAGGGGUUCGUGCUCUGGUUAUUCACCAGACUAGAUGUGGUGUUGGAAUUAACACGUAUGUCCCUGAGGAGCUUUUAAGUAAAGAUCUCGACCUUGUUAUUUGGGGGCACAUGCAUAAGUCAGAGCCAAUACCGGUGCAGAAUUAUAAGAUGGGAUUCUAUACCUUGCAGCCGGGGUCUACUGUGCAGACGUCGCUGUGUAAAGCAGAGAGCGGGGACAAGCACUGUGUUCUUCUGAAAGUCAAAGAGGAUGGAUGGAGCAGCACCCCGAUACUGAUGAUGAGCCCGCGUAGCUUGGUGUUUAGAACUAUCUCUGCAAAUGCAAGUAAUAUAGAGGAAAAGAUCAGAACAGAAAUGCUGUCCAUACUAGAGGUGCACGGAAAUAGCCGCCGGCCACUUGUAAGACUGCGUGUAGAGAUUGAUGGUGCAUUGCCCAGCACUGUCAUUCCAAAAAGAACCAUGGCAGAGUUUGCAGAUCGGGUUGCCAAUCCAAAGGAUGUUCUAAGAAUAAUCCACAAGAAGAAGCAGGCAUUAAGUAAAAAGGCAGAAGAAGUAAGGGAUGUACAUCCAAAUGCACAGUUCGCCCUAGAUGUUGAGGAUGUAAGAAUUCUAUCAAAGGACAUAUUUGCACAGAGCAUUAUGGAGUGUAUUGAUAGAGAAAACAAAACUGUAAUAUCCCACCGAUACGAUGAGAUAGUUCAAGAGGUAGUCAAAGUUCUUAAGUCACACAGAUGGACUGAUAUUGAAAAAGAAAUACACCCGGCUGUUCUGGAGAUUGAAAAGCGAUUUUCGUUCGGGCGAGCACAUGUAUUAGAAAGUAUUAGCAGACAGAAGCAAAUGAGAGAAAUAGAAGACAGGCAGAGCAACUAUAGUAUAAAUGCGCCAGAUGAAUCUGUAGAAGAAAUUGCAACAAAAAUGAAAGAUAGCGAGGACCUUUCAAAUAUACUAAGAAAGCCCGACGCGUCUGAAAACAUUCUACAGGACCAGAGAAUGCAAGAAUACAAUCCAGGGUGUUUUAUUGCCAAGCAAGCAAAGAACACUGCAGAUGUUUUGGCUGCAGACAUUCUUAAAGAAGAUACCACAGCUCUAGAACUAGACAUAAUGGAUAAGAAUACUUUAUCUGCGCAUGCACCCAAGCGACCAAAGACAGAUUACACCUUUUCAUCCUUUUGGGAUUAAAAUGUAUUAAGAAGGUGUCUUCCAAGUAUAUGGAUUAAAUUUCGGGGUAUUUUCCAGUAUGCAUAUGUUUAUAUUCUCUAUGUAAUAAGCUAGCUGAAAUUUUCUUGUUUUAUACCAUAAAGUGCAUAUAAAAUCAAUCUAGUUUUAUUUUCUGGCUACUAUUAUAAAUGUAAGUAAAAUAAGUAAACCUUGUGAAGAACGGACGUAUAUCCAAGCAUCUUCUGCCAAAAUCUAUCACUAUAAGAAAGGGCAUAUUGAAAAAUGUACACCCGUGCCAUGAAUAUCUGCA